UUUUACCGUGCACCCCGGUGUCCACGGUGGUGGAUGAUCUUUGGUGAUGAACAAUUUGCUCAGUGAGGUGUGACCGUGGGCAUUAUAACAGGGAGCCGUGCAGUGAGUGAGAGCGACAGAGACCAACAGGGGGAGAGCGAGAGAGAGUGAGAGAAAAGAGAGAGCGAGUGGGAGGGAGGGAGACUGGAACUCUAUUCCACACGGACAAACCCACAGAGGCUCGCAAAAAGCCGUCUUGCCUGCAACACACUCACUCUCUUCCUAACACCGCUUGCAGUGGAUUCUCCAUCUUACUACAUACGUCUGCAGGUCAUUUAGUAGAGAAGCCAGCUCUACCCACCUCAGGGGUCAGAAGAAUAGAGAACAACAUGUGACAAUCACUGCUUCGCAGUCGACAGCAUGCUUCGAUUCCUUUGGACCAUGGCUCUCUUCUUCUGGUAUUAUUUGCUACUUCACAGCCGAGCUCUGGCCGAUGAAGAGGCCACUGGGGAACUGACACCAUCAAGCAAAAAUUCUCCUGAAGAGAAAUCUAGCAUUUACUCUUGGCUUCCAUCUAUGCCCAAGUUUUCCUCCAUACCAACAUUUGGCUUUUUUGGGAGCUCAGGUGGCAAAAAUGAAGAUGCUAUCUCAACUACAACUACCAAAGGGGUGACAGAACUAAUCGGUCUCUUUCAAGACCACACGGGAUCAGGAGAAGGGAGCAAUUCUGAGGAAUCUCAACAAACCACAACAUUGACUCAAGGGCACUUUAUGAGUGUGACAAGGAUCAGAACUGAGCCACCUCCCACUGGGACAUCAGAUCUGCCAUUCAGCAACAUAGCUCAGAGCAACAGUGAGACUUUUGUUUCUCCCACAAGCAGCUAUAUCAGAAAUACUCUGUUCACAAACAGUCCUCACAGAAGUAACACUUCUGAACAAAACACAACACAUAUGCCAACACCAUGGAGAUCCACAACAGCAGCGACUUCUAGCACAGGUGCCACUGAAAAUCCCCUCCCCAAUAGUGUUUACCGGGAGACCACCUUUCAUACAGAAAGGAUUUCUUCAACAAUCCCACCAGAAACUACAGUCCCCACUGCCCUGACAUGGAAAACAGUCCAAACCACAACACCCAACCUGGGACUGGUGGAGACUCAAACCAGCACACACCUUCUGGGGCAUGUUACUCUUCCAGUCAUUUCAGAAAGUAAUUUUGUUGGGGAACAAGAAGAUUUAGCUGUUAGUGUUGCGCUUCACUCAGUUAAAGGAACAUCAGAAAUUCACACCACACAAAGUAACUGGAACUUGGGCUUGUCUGAGAUCAGUCUGGUGAACACUGAGCAGCAGCCAGGGGUUACUUCUACUUAUCAAAAGACAGAUCCGACCACGGUGGAAGGCACAACCUCAGACAUUAACCCCACACAAAACCUUUUAAACUUGGGUUUCUCUCAGACCACUAUGAUGAAUGCCAAACAAGAGCCAGGAGUUUUCUCUUCUACCCUCAGGAAGGAUUCAAAUUUAGUGGAGGCGACCACAAAAGCAGAAAUUCAGACUACACAAAGCCAUUUAAACUUAGGCUUCUCUAAGACGAGUAUGGUGAAUGCUGAACAACAGCCUCGAGUAUUCUCUACCACCCUCUGGAUCGAUCGUAAUUUAGAUGUGGAAUCCAUACCAAGCACAACUCAAAGCCAAAGGGCCAACUUUCCAAUUGUAGAAGAGCUACCAGACAAAGAGACUAAGGAAGAGGAUGAAGCUUUGGUUACUUCAACUACAGACGGGGAUGCUGACACACAUUUGACAGACACUUCCACAGCAUCUGCUCAGCUACUAAAAACAUCCACGGCACACAACACAGGUAUUCUCUCUGAAUCUCCAUCAAUACUUCUGUACACUGAAGACUGGACAUCUAACCUACCAAACAGUGACAGCACCUUACUUCCAGACUGCAAUAAGGAACGCUCUGGAAUCUGCAACCUCUCCUACACCUGGGAUACCACUACUUCCCUGAGAAUGAAACCCACACAAAAUAUCACUGCCACAAACCAGUCAACCAACGCCUUCCUAAUCCCAGCUACACCCAUGUUGGUGCCCUUAUACACUGACUGGAACAGUGCCAUAGCGGCCUGGGGCCUGGCAUGGGAGGCCCAUGUCUAUGGUGCAGGCGGAGUCUUUGCAGUGCUAACACUCGCCUCUGCACUCAAUCUGCUUUGCUUGCCACUGAGAUGUCCAUCUGGGUGUGGCUAUUUUGCUCUAGUCAGCCUGUUUCUUCUAGCUGCUGCAUGCACCAGGUCCUUCUCCCUUCUUUAUGAUGCCUAUGGCCACCAGGAUCGUAUAUCCUCCACAGAGGCCUCACUCAUGCUCUUUGAAGCACCUUUUCCCUGUCUUACUGCAGCUUUCGGCUUGGUUUUUCUUCUCCUCUCAAUGCGCUCAAGAAUGCAGCUCUCAUAUUCAGCCUUUCAGAGACCCUGUUUCCUGGCCUGUCUAGUUGUCUUGCACUUUGCUGCUGCAUUUGGUCCAGUGACUUUCUUGAAGUUCUACCGGCAAACGCCCCCUUUGUGCCUCUUUCUGUCGUUGAUCUCUCGUGGAGCCUUUGUGGCACUUGCAACAUUUCUAUCUGCUGCCUAUUUUGUUUUCUAUAUCUAUGUUCGGGCAGACUCAAAACACAUCUAUCAUCUAAACAACACAUCUCCAACACCAGCUGAACGCUACAACCGCUGCCCAUUUGCUGAGAGUCGGGAUUGGAACCGUGCAGCUAUUACCGUUUGUCUUUCAGCAUUGUUUUCUUUAGCUUGUGCAGGACUGCAGUUUUAUGCAAUGCUUAAUGCUAUGGGUGUUAUUGGUGGGGAGGAGGUCUUCUACCCUUGGCCCUGGUGGGCUUUCCAGUUUAGCUGUAGACUGUGUGAACUUUUGGUCUGUCUCACCUUAGCUUUAGUGGUUGCUCAACCAGUUUUUUGUUCCGACCAGCUUCCAGCAGCUGGAAGUUGUUGGACUGAACUCCUAGCAUCCAAGUCCCCCAUCCUUCCUGGGACCUACCAGUGGACACUCAGCCAGCAAGAGAAGCUUGCUAUUGUUGACACUGUUGGACUUGGAGAGACAGAAAGCCUUCCACUUUACACUCUGAUGGAUGAGAGGCUUGGAAGCAGCCUGAAUGGCUUGGACCUCCUCUACCACAGCAACCGGGCCUUAGUAUAUCGAGAUCUUGACUUGGAUUUAGGGUUAUUGGGUUCAGAAAAACCUGAGGACAGAGGAGGCAGAGAGCCCUCAGGUGGAUCUUCAUUUUCAAGUGACUCCACUGCAGACCUGCAACCCCCUUCACCAAUCAACUUGCGCCGUAGCAUAGACGAAGCACUCUUCAGUGAAGCAUUGUUUCCCAUGAGUCUCUUCAGUCCUGUUAGACCUAUUCGCUGCAGUGACACAUCUGUAAACAACCACUGGACGCUUCCAGGCAAUGGCCCCUGUGAACCUCUCUCCACCGACUCCAGUCUUUAUCGACCCUCAUCCUGCCUUGAAAUGGCCUCUCAGCUACAGUUUUCUGCCAGCCAGUCUCAAGGUGUAGCCACAGAAGGAGCUCCAACAUCUCCCUCCACAGGCUCAUCCUCCAGCAAUUCAUCAGCUGAACGUUGGAGAAGCAGUUCCUCAUCCUGCUCUCUGUACCGUGCCUCUCUUGCUGGCUCCUCUCUUGUUCUUUGCCCAAGUUCAGAGAGACAUACAAGGCAGCUUCCACAGGAAGGCUCAAAUGUGGCUUCCCAUAACCCACAAAGAUACUACCAAGCUCUGGGAGCUGCCUCACAGGAAAGCCUGAACCUGUCAACUGAGACAGAUCGAUCUGUGCAGCAGGAAUUCAUUACAGUUUGCAGACAAAUGGAUUCUUUAAGCAUCUGCAGUGAGACUAUAGAUUUAUAAAAACAGACUCUUAUUAAGAGGGACCUGAAACGAGUGUCUGCUUUGUGCAGCAAGAUGAUUGAAAUUUUAAAUGGUAUUUGAUAGUGCAUGUCAGCUUUAUGUACUUCUUAAACACUAUAGCUGCAAAAAUGUUUCACGAGGUUUGAUAAGACUUCUUGAGGAUUUAGUGAAUGUUCUUGUGAGUCUAAGUGCCAAGACUGUCAAAAGCCAAGAGACUGUUUGUAAAUUUUACAUGUCUUAUAAAAGCAGAUGACGCUAGUUAAA